AUGUCUAAACGUGCAAAGACGGGGACGGGAGCUACUUCCUCUAAAGGAGGGUCAAAAGGAAAAUCCAAGGAUCCCCCGUUUCGUUUGUUGAAUCGUGAGGACCGUCAAACUUAUGAUUUUAUCGUUUUAAAUAAGCGUCAAGUCAAGUCAACAAAAUUCCUCCAUAGGGAAUCUUUUGCUAGUCUUGGGGUACUCGAUGGAGUCCAAGCGUUAUUUAACAACAUCGGGUGGGGUCAAUUCCUCUAUAACCGCGCCGCCACCUAUGUUGAACCCACCUUGGAAUUUCUUGCCACAUUCUAUCCCGAGGAGGAAGCCCAAACCGUCACCUUCCAAAUUCUCGGUGAGAAACGAUCCCUACCGAAUCGGGUCGUGAGCGCUUUGAUGGGUGCUCCAGUGGACAACCUAUAUUACCAACAAGACCCAUGGCCCGGAAACUUCAAUGAACAUUACUUUUGGCAACAAAUUACCAAUGAGCCGCAAUAUUCAUCGUCUUCGUCAAAGGCCUCCUCCAUAAUUCACCCAUGUUUGCGCCUAGCGCAUCGAGUUCUCACAUGCACCAUUUUUUCCCGCUCCGAAGUGGGACAAAUUUCAAAGGCGGAAUUAUUUUUUCUUUGGUGCAUGACUCGUGAGAACGGUCUGCGGCCGGAUUUUGCCUCCUUUUUCUUCACCAAGUGUUACAACCUCAAAACUAUGGACAAAUGA